AUGAUUUUUAAUAGUAUUGGUAGUUCCUAUGAUGCCUCAUCAUUGAAACCAAGUGAUUGUUUCUCGAAAGUUGAUACUGAAACAUCAUUAUUCAAUGUCGGUGAAGAUUUUCAAGCACUUGUUUCAAUAGCUGUUGAUUCAUCCUAUUUCUUUGUUCAAAAUACACUAUGUACAUGUGAUCUUGAAAAAUGUGCACAAACCAUGAACGAUCAUUAUUCAACAGCAGAUCCACCAUCAAUACUUUAA